UGCCACGGCUGGGUAAAUACAGCUUUACAAAGCUUCUUCUUUUCAAGGAGGACAGGCCCGGGGCGCCCGCCGGUCCGUGCACAGCCCAAGCCCCAGCUCCCUUGUGAAGUGCGAGACAGCAGCACCCCCACCCCCGGCGGAGCGCCGCCUUUCACCCCGGCAAACGGAAGCCCUGCAGCCAUUAGGCAAACAAGCGGGUUCCUGUCGCAGCCCCACUUUCUGUUUCUGUGAGUUGGAACCUCAGGGGCCCCAGCCGCAGGCCGGCCUGACCCUGCCCUGCUCCUCCCGGGGACCAAACCUGCAGCCGCCGCCCGGAGCGCCACACAGACCUUUGCAGUCUGCACCUUGAGACCGGGCCUCGCUGCUGAGUUGCUAGGGAUCCUCCCGCCUCAGCCUCCCACGCGCUGGGAUGACCGUCCUGAACCCCUGGCCCCGCGUGGGUGGCGAUGUCCUCAAAGGCGUCAGGGUCUCUGAGGUUCGGGGAGGACCAGGCCCUCGUGCCCUGCACCAACUACAUCGUCCAGCACGGCCGCACGGCAGGGUGCCUCCUGCAGGGCCGGGACGACGUCCUGAACCUCACCAUCCGCGACGGGCCCCGCCCCGUGCUCUCCAUGCGGCGCUGGGUGGCUGAAUACCUGAAGCCCAGCUCCCCGAGAGACCUGCAGUUCCUGUGGGGACAGGAGGCCGUGACCGUGCUGUGCUCCCCGCUGCCCCACCCGGGGCUGCUCUACGAGGUGCAGCACACGACCCCCCACGACACCCAGUGGCAGUCCCAGGUGUCAGAGGUGUGCAACAUAACCAUCAGGGGCGUGGACGUAGAGCAGUGCCACCUCUUCCGGGCCAGGGUGAAGACCAAGGAUUCCUACUACGGCCCCAAAGCCUCCCCGAGCGACUGGUCUCAGGUCACGCACUGGCGGGGAGCCACAACUGAAGAUUCCUGUGUGCAGCCGCUUGUGGGCCUCUGGCCCAGGUGGACGCGGUUCUUCCUGGUCUGCAGCCUGGUGUCGCUGCUGACGGUGGCCCUGCUGCUGGUCGCCCUGUGGAAAGCACAGAGGGUGAAGAGGCUGCUGAUGCCCAGCGUGCCGGACCCCAGGGGCAGCUUCUCCGGGCUCUUCGAGCACCACCAGGGCAACCUCCAGGAGUGGAUCGCCGACACCCAGGACGUGGCCCCGUGGAGGAAGCCGCCCGGCGGGGAGCAGGAGCAGCCGUCUGAGCAGACCCUGGAGGUCCAGCUGUCCAGGGUAGACACAGAGCUGCCGGCCGCCCCACCCACGCGGGAGGAAGAGGCCCCCGCGGGGUCCCCGAGGCUCCCUCCCCGGGACCCCCAGGCCGGCAACCUGGUGUCCCUCGGCGGCUUCACCUUUGUCAUGACUGACAGCGCCUACAUGAAGUUGUGAGCCGGCCCCGCGGCCAGCACGGGACGCCUCACCGGCAGCCAGGAACGGCGGGAAUAUUGCCACGCUCCCGGGACACGACCCUUCUCGGUCUUCAUUUCAAAACGGGAUGUGACUACUUCUCCCCCGGCCUUGGACUUGCGAUCCUCCUGCCUCAGCCUCCCGAGUGGCUGGGGCUACAGAUGUGCGUCACAUCUGUUUUGAACUUUGUCCCCACCUCUACCUGUGGUUGCACAGGGUGUGACCUGGGCAGAAUUCUAAAGGGAUGUGUCCGUCCUGAAUUAUUUUACUUUAUGUUUUUUUGAGA